UUGCGGCACGUCGACCGGUUCCGAGUGCGACGAGCACACCAGUCUUUAUAGAGUGCAGAACGCGUGUAACAGUAUUUAAUAGUUUUCCAGUGUCAAGUGUAUCUCUUUAAAUGACCCAUCGUACUCCAUAAACAAAUUCCUGAUUUGCAGGCUUGAACAACAAUCGCCUUCAACAUGGGGGCGUUAUUUCGUAGCGAAGAAAUGGCUUUGUGCCAGCUCUUCAUUCAACCCGAAGCUGCGUAUCUUUCUGUGUCCGAACUGGGGGAAACGGGCACCGUGCAAUUUCGUGACCUGAACGUCCAAGUCAAUUCCUUUCAACGAAAAUUCGUCAAUGAAGUUCGACGAUGCGACGAGAUGGAGCGCAAGCUUCGUUACAUCGAAGCUGAAGUCAAAAAAGAUGGCGUGGCCAUUAUAGAUGACAUGGUGGAACUUCCACGAGCACCUAAUCCACGUGAGAUCAUUGAUCUUGAGGCGCAUCUUGAGAAAACGGAAAACGACAUAUUGGAAUUGAGUCACAACGCUGUUAAUUUGAAGAGCAAUUAUUUGGAGCUUACUGAACUCAAACACGUACUCGAGAAGACACAGGUUUUCUUUACGGAGGAAGAGGCUCACGACUCCAUAAGUAGAGCUCUUAUUAACGAAGAGGCUCAGAAUCCUGGUACAACGAUUCGUGGUCGACUUGAAUUUGUUGCUGGCGUCAUUAACCGUGAACGUGUACCAGCCUUUGAGAGAAUGCUGUGGCGUAUUUCACGUGGAAAUGUGUUUCUUCGCCAGGCUGAGCUUGAAAAGCCAUUGGAGGAUCCGGCAACGGGUAAUGAAAUGUAUAAGACAGCCUUUGUCGCUUUCUUCCAAGGAGAACAGUUGAAGAGUCGAAUCAAGAAAGUAUGUAGUGGAUUUCACGCGUCUUUGUAUCCUUGUCCCAAUAGUCAUGCAGAGAGAGAGGAUAUGGUUAAAGGCGUUUGUACGCGUCUUGAGGAUUUGAAUUUGGUCCUUAAUCAAACCCAAGAUCAUCGUCAACGAGUUUUACAUAAUGUCGCCAAGGAACUGCCAAAUUGGAGCAUCAUGGUUCGCAAAAUGAAAGCCAUUUAUCAUACAAUGAAUUUGUUCAAUAUGGAUGUAUCCAAGAAAUGUCUUAUUGGAGAGUGCUGGGUACCGAUGCAAGAUCUUGCCAUUGUACAAAACUGCCUCACGGAAGGGUCGCGUCUAUGCGGUAGCUCUAUACCGUCCUUUCUCAAUGUUAUCCAAAUGGAUGAAAACCCACCAACUUUCAACAGAACAAACAAGUUCACAAAAGGCUUCCAAGCAUUAAUUGAUGCUUAUGGCGUCGCGUCAUAUCGCGAGGCUAAUCCUGCACUAUAUACAAUUGUUACAUUCCCAUUUUUGUUCGCUAUUAUGUUUGGUGAUGCAGGUCACGGUUUAAUUGUCUUGUUGUUCGCUUCAUAUAUGAUUCUCUGGGAGAAGAAACUCACCGCGAAGAAGUCCACUAAUGAAAUCUGGAAGAUCUUCUUCGGCGGUCGUUAUAUCAUCUUCCUCAUGGGUUUGUUUUCCAUCUACACCGGUAUCAUCUAUAACGACGUGUUUUCAAAGUCAACUAACGUGUUCGGAUCUAGUUGGAAGAUCAAUUACAAUAUAUCGACAAUUGAAGGGAAUGAAGAACUUCAGUUGGCUCCGGGUACGGCUGACUACGUACAGGUGCCGUAUCCUUUGGGUAUGGAUCCUGUCUGGUCGGUAGCUCACAAUAAAAUUAUCUUCUUCAAUUCGUACAAGAUGAAACUGUCCAUCGUCUUUGGCGUUGUCCAUAUGAUAUUUGGUGUCUGUACGAACGUCAUCAAUAUAAUACACUUCAAGAGGUAUUCCAGUCUCGUUCUAGAAUUUUUACCUCAGCUUUUAUUCCUCAUGCUUUUGUUCUUCUACAUGGUUGCCUUAAUUUUGAUGAAGUGGGUACUUUACGCGGAUACGAAUCCUGUUAUAGCUGAUAGGCCGACGUGUGCCCCAUCUGUUCUUAUCACUUUCAUUAAUAUGAUGCUCUUCACUUCGGCUGAGGUGGAUAAAAAUUGUGAUGAAUAUAUGUUCCCAUAUCAACAAAACGUGCAAAAAGGUUUUAUUUUUGGUGCAUUUCUUUGCAUUCCCGUCAUGCUCUUUGGCAAGCCGCUUUACAUGCUCUGCACGAGGAAAAAGCCAUCGACGAAAGUUCAGACAAAUGGAACUGCUGCUUCUCAAGAUAUUGAAUUGCAAGCGGAAGGAUUACCGAAUCCUACUAGCAGCAGCAAAUCGGAUGGUGGCCAUGGUCACGAUAAUGAAAGUUUGGAGGAUAUGAUGGUCCAUCAAGCGAUCCAUACCAUCGAAUACGUUCUUUCAACCGUAUCUCAUACUGCUUCCUAUCUCCGAUUGUGGGCCUUAUCACUGGCCCAUGCUCAGCUUUCGGAGGUCUUAUGGAGUAUGGUAUUAAAACAGGGCCUUAAUGCUGAGGAUGGUAAUUACGUCACCAGCGUAAUACUCUUCUUUGCUUUUGGUGCAUGGGCCCUCUUUACUGUGGCCAUUCUUGUUCUGAUGGAAGGCCUUUCUGCAUUUCUUCAUACACUUCGGCUUCAUUGGGUCGAGUUCAUGAGCAAAUUCUACACGGGUGAAGGUUACCUCUUCCAGCCGUUCUGCUUCAAGACUAUCUUCGAUGCUGAAGAUGCCGAAGAAUAGGUGGCACCACCGUACAUUUUAUUAAUUAUUUACCAUGUAUUUUAAUCUCUCCACGCUGCACCGAGUCACUGUAUUUUACGUGCGAUUGGUUUUACGUCACUUUUAUCACAAUGCCAAAAAUUCCCCGGUCGUAUUUGUAUACUUAAACGACCGAUCGAUACGAGAGAUACUGUCAUUUUAAUUAUUCAGGCUCUUUUCAACUUAACGUAUUUUCUUAUCCCCUCAAGUGUGAAGGAAAAUAUUCGAUUUUAUAUAUCGACUCGCUCUUGCUGGUUUUCAAGAUCACUGAACUCUAAUCAGCGACUGUGAUAGUUGGUUAAGAAUUUUAAUUGAGAAAACUGGGAUAUUGAAUUUUUUAAUUUGAAUUAAAAAAAAAAAUCAGUUUUCAUUUGACUUUAAUGACAUUAAAAACCUUAGAAAAACGAUUUCUCUGCGAAUCGCAAGAGUAUAAAAAUCUUUUUGUUAUGCGCCUAAAGACAUGGGUAACACUUAAGGGGUUAUAGAUGAAAGUAGGUGCGGAACCGUCUCCUAUAUAACAGUCUAAUAUUGUUCUAUACUAAUGCCAAAUCUUCAAUAAAUGAAGUCUAAUACAUUCCCGAUUGAAAUUUUGUAAAUAUCCAUGUAUAAGGAUAAUUCAGGCAGAACAGCAGUGAUUGAAUAUAUUAACCGUGAUAACGAGAGCCUGGCGUACAAUGUCCAUUCCAAAUAUAAGAUGCAUUUCUCUUUACUUGAUUUUCAUAAAAAGAAAGGAGCAUUAAUCGCACGCGGAAACAUCAGUGCUAUCACGCGAGUCGUGUUUACGUAUUACGAGAGUACAAAGCUUUCAGUGUAAUUAAAAGUUGGGAAAAUUAUUUCAUUUAUCGCGAGUGACGAAGUCGUAUCUAUAAAUAAGAGAAAAGGGAGUGCGCGAUACCAAAAUUGUAUCAAAUAAGAAUGAUAUAUGGUUAGUGCUGAAAUAUAGAUACAGUGUAAUUAAAAGUAAUGGUUAUUUUUUAAUUCCAUUAACCGUAGACCGAUGAGCCGUUUCCACCAUACAUGAUUCAUUUAGUCCCCUAUUAUAAUUCGAUAAUAAGUGAGCCUUUAAAGUAAAUACAAAGUCAUUCACUGAAAAGUUAAUAUGAAGAAAAAGAAAAAAAAUACCAUGUUAUCCAUAGUUUUUCAUAAUUCAUUCUAUUAUAUCAAUUUGCCACCGAGUAGUAAUUGCCCGUAAAAUUGUCUCAUCAUUAAUAAAAUAUCUGUGCAAACAUA